AUGAAUGAACAACGUCAAAUAGUAAAAUCAGGCUGGUUACAACAUGUGAUACAUAAAAAAGGUGGCACUUUACAUCGCAAAAAAAAAGUACUGUAUGAAGAAGGAAAAUGGGUUGUAUUAUGUAUCCACAAUGAUCGCAUACCACUUCUGGAAUGGUAUUUCUCAGAGAAAUGUGUCUACGACCAUAGACCUUCGAAAGUAAUUGAUUUGUUGGAUUCAUCAUUCGUUAGAAUUGUUAUCAGUGAUCCAUCUAGACGCAGUUUUAUGAUUGGUUUCGUAGACUGCAAACGUGAACCAAUUGAACUUGCUGCUUUGACAGUGGAAGAUUGUGAUGAUUGGAUUCGAUCUUCUACAUCUGAACUCAUGCGAAUAAAAUGUUUGGUCGGAUCUACAAAUUUAUACAUUUCUAUACCAGAUGCGCCAUCAGAAGUACCUGAACUUGCUGAACGAUUAGGUGAUCAAGAUCAAGCAGUCGAUGAAUUCUCCAAACAGUUUCGUCGCAUUCAAUCAGCUGCAGUAAUGUUUAAGGUUCCAGAAGGAAUUGCACCAUCCCUUCCAAAUUCGACUACUAGAAACCUUGCAUAUGAACGGAUUAAAUUCCCAGCAGUGGUAUCUUCAAGAGUGUUCUCUCUACCUCACGCAUUAAAUACAGAAGAAAAAAAAAUGAAAAGUUUGAGUCCAGUAACAACUCCACCUCCUCUCCCUCCUCGUAAUAUUUCUUCAUCUCGAACUCACUUUUCUAUGAGAAUUAUGGAGCGUCUUUCAAUAUAUGAUCAUCCGAAGAAUCGUGCAUCCGCACCAUCUAAUGAUUCAUUUGUGGCAGAACAUUCAGAGGAUGCCUCAAUGAAUUUGAAAAGUUCUGCUGUUUUGGAGUCACCGAUAUCAUUGAACAUGGAAAUAGAAGUCCCUGUUGAUGUCUGUCGUGUACCUGUGAAACGCGGAUAUUCCGUUCCCACUGGAACUUUAAAUGCUGAUGUUACACAGUCCUAUCGAACCACUACUGAUGAUUCAUCAUCUUCCAAUUAUGAUGCACCUUGUGGAUUAUUAAAUCAAGUUACAUCAUUUCGAAAAAAUCAUUCAGUUAGUCAGCGAAAUAACGAUGAACAGCACGAGAAUAAUUCACAAUUCUUUGGUUGUUUUGAUGCUCCAAAUAAUUUGAAACACAUAACAGUCGAUUUCAUCAUAUUCAUGCAUCAUAUUGCAUUUGUCGACUUCGAUGGAAAAGUUUGGGUAGCGGGUUGGACUAUGGUGGCUCAUAAAAGUUUUACGGACCAGUUGUUCGUUGGCGAUCAACUCGUACAAGUUGGUGAUGUUGUUAUCCAGAGCACACAGCAGUUUUCGCACAUUUUCAACCCUCUGAGAAAAUCGGAAUCUAUGGUAAAUGUGAUCGUUCAACGGGUACCCCAUGGGUCAAUCUACACAUUGCAGAAAAUGGAAGAGAAUUUUGAUGCAGGGUUCAUUCUAGACAAAUAUAAGAGUAAAUUGCUUGGUGUACUUGAAGGCUCAUCAGCAUGGGAAGCUGGUGUGCGUUCGUCAGUCUCAGCAGUGACCCAAAAUGGCACAACUUCUGCUUGUAUAACACACAUAAAUAAUAGCACUUUAAAUUUAUUUUCACGAAAUAAUGAUGUUUCAAAAAUCAUUGAUGAAUUACCUCUGCUCAGCGCAUUUACUAUCAUAGUGCAACCUUAUGAUUUCAUAAAAUUUUUGAAGAAAAACUUGAAAAAAUUGAAGAAUGCUAAUGACUUUGUGUACUAG